UCACGAUAACACACUGAGCAGCUUAUCACAUGAAAUAUUUGGAUUUAUGAAUCUUAAGAAGUGAUGGCUAUACUUUAUAUAUAUACAAUAAGUGGAUAUUGGGAGUUAUGUGAGCAAACACAAUUGUGACAAUGUUUUAUAAACUUUAAUAACUUAACACAGAAGUAACACAUGACUUGAGUAGCUUUCUGCUAUUGCGUAAACAAUGCUAAUAUUUCUUUCACCAGAUAUUGACUGAAUUUUGGCAAUGACCUCUUAUCGAAAUCUACUAAGAGCGAAGGAAACGCAGAACUGGGUCAAAGCCGCCAUCGCCCUAAACAUAACCAAGCAAGGUUUGCAAGAUCUUGUGGGGGAUGUUCUGACAUGCGUUCAUCAGGAUAUCUAUAAUACCGUUAGAACAUCCAACGGUCUUCCAGCUGGGGCAAUAUGCGCACAAUGUUUCACCGAGAACGUGUUGCAAUGCCCCACUCGUGGGAUAUGCACCAGUCUAAGAAACUGUAGAUUGCAUAACUCCCCAACAAAUAAGCACGUUUCUUGUCCUAAUGGGAUUUGUGGAAAUGUUCAUGACGAAAUCAUUCAUCACCAUAGAUUUAAUGGUCCUUCAUGGAAGAACACAAACGCCGACAAAUGGUGUACCAGCCCCUGGGAGAUCGGCAAAUGUUUCCUUCCUCCAGAUGGCUACAAGACCGUGUCCUCCGUCAACGACAGUGACUUCAACGGUGUAAUAAGCGUCAUGAUGAAUUGUAAUGAUUUCCAGAACCGCUUGUCCUUUAACGUCGGUACACAGACAAAUUUACUGUCAGAGGUUCGCGACUUUGGUCGACUCGUCCGCCACUCCAAUGAUCAGAAGAUCAAGGACAUCCAGCUAGUAGACAUUCUUUUCAAGCUACGACUGCUGCUGGAGGACCAGACUGAACUAGCGAAACGACCCGAGGCACAGCAUGCCGUGGAACAGCUUAAACAGUUGCAAUCAGACGAGUUUAAGAUCAACGCUGAGAACGAACUGGAGAUGCUAAAGGAAGGAUUACGAUUACGCUUGAAUGAUUACUACCAAGCCACUUUGGAGAACAUGCCGAUAUCUCCAAUCCUGGCGGAAAAUGAAGCCAAACUCAGUAUGUUUUAUGUGGCACCGAAGAUUGUGGAGAAAAAACAUAGAAAAAUAGACAGAUUUGACAAAGAAGCAUGCGGUCGAGAAGUAACAAAGUUUUCGGAUGUAUUCUGCCAUGAAGGUCAAUUCCUCAGAAACGUUUUCCUUGUUGGUGAACCGGGCAAAGGAAAAACAACAUUCUCCGCCAUGUGUGCUCUGCUAUGGACGCAUCAAUAUUCACAACCAGAGGGACGAAUUGAGGGUAAAACUCACUUUGCUGACUCAGAAUUCUUCAGAGAGUUUGCAUUUUUGUUUCAUAUUACCCUACGAGAUUCUGGUCAGAGUUGCAAUCUUACUGAAAUGGUCAAGGAACAACUUAUUUGUAAAAUCUACAAUACAAAGGAUGUAGAAGAUGGCUACCGUCUGUUACAGACUGUGCUGGAAAGUGAAAAAUGUUUAAUCAUAGCUGACGGCCUUGACGAAUGGACUCAUCCGGAAAACGUUAACUGUACCUGCAAAGGGGACGAGAAGAUUAUCCCUUUCCAAAAUUAUGCCAACAAGGCCACAGUCCUCACGACAACGCGUCCAUGGCGACUCUCACAGUUUAGAGUAAAGGAUUCAAAGAUCGACAAGUAUCUUGAAUUAGAAGGGGCAGAGGAGCCAAAAGAAAUUAUUAAAAAUAUUGUCACCAUCCUUAAUGAGGAUAAUGAAGUUGAACGGGAUCCAGAGGACUUCAUGAAAAUCAUAUGCGAGAAGGGUCUUCAAGGUUUACUGACAGCGCCUAUCAUUACGACCCAACUUGUUUGCCUGUGGUUCGAGGGUGCAUCGUUUACCAAUUCAAAGUGUAACAUUUAUGCUGGCGUGCUAAACAUGCUAUCCUGUAAACAUACGUCUAUCAGAGAGAAGGCUCCGAAAAUUGCACUUCCAUCUGUGAUAAAUAAUUUUGAAUGUUUCAAGCACAAUCCAAUGGUUUUCAUUGCGCUAGCCAAGUUGGCAUACGCAACCUUGUUUUCAGAGUCCCGAGAUGUAUCUGUUGUAUUUAGCAGCGAUAGAGUCAGCCAUGAAUUAGACAGGGGGCAGGUUGAAUUUGCAUUGAAGACAGGCAUACUCACUGAGACGAAAUCCAAGUCAUUAAUCAAACGAACAUCUCACUUUUCAUUUUUUCAUAAAACAGUUCAAGAGUUUUUGGCUGCCCUUCAUUUAUGUUUAAAUGAAAACGACUACAAUCAGUUAUUCGGCAAGUACGAACAAGAUAACAAGGUAUCUGUCUUAGGGGAUGUUUCUGAAGUAUUUAUUUUUAUAUGUGGAAUGAAGCCAGAGCUCGGUGUUCGAAUGUCUUCGUGGAUCAAUAGCUCCAUACCUCAAACAUCAUUCCAUUCGAUGGAUUGGACUUACGACGACGAUUACGGUCAUUACACCUGUACUAUAAAUGAUGAUAAAGACAAACAAGAACAUCGGCGUAUAAUUGCCUCGGGCUACCGUGAAGCCCAAUCCAGCAACAUCGGCGACAUUCCGCUUACUCUCACACACUUCUCUAUAUACGUGGGUAUAACUCCCAGCCAGGAUGUCUGUGCAUUACGAAACUUGAUGAAUAUUAACAAAAACCAAGUUCAGUCACUUGCCAUCUUCGGAUACGAUGACACAGUGUGUGAAAAGGAGCUGCAGGAGGUGUUUAGCUUUUCUGGCGAAUCCCUCAAGCACGUUGAAUUGGCGUACUGUGGUGGGCAAUAUGACUUGUCCAAAUGUCACAGGCUGGAAUAUCUGAGUAUAAUGGAAGGCGGUAUUACACAGGUUGAUACAGGAAAUAUUGAAACGUGUAAAUUACAGUUCGUAUCAUCGGAUGCUGAAUCAAACAUACUUAGUUCAUUUAAACAGGGAAUGGGCAGUAAACUACAAAGCCUUGUUUUAAUUGAUGUAAAGAAUAUCGCGUUACUGUGCGAUACACUUCCCAGUCUGUCUCAGUUACAAUGUAUUUUUAUCGAAACUGCAGAUCUCGGUGAGCUACAUCUACUCCCUCCAGCCUCCAUAAAAAAAAUUGACAUGUCUUUUGUUACAAUGACAGCGCUGGCGGUGAGAAGGCUGGUGGAACAGGUUGAGAACAUACCGCACACUGUGUCAUGUUAUAUGUCCUUAUGCACGGUGAAACCUUUGAGUGAGUUUGAACAAUUAAAGAAGUAUAUGGAUAAUUCGCCAGUAUUCAACAAUUACCCAGUUGAAACAAUGAAAUUCACUAAAAUUUAAAUUAUAAUAAAUCAUGACAAUCAGGUGUGUUUGUAAUCAUUGAUUUGGAUCUGUACAUCUAAAGAAAGAGACAAAAUGAAACACAGUAAAAUAAUCAG